UGGCGUUCCGUUUUGAAUUCGGUCAAUGCAGACAACCGCCUAACUCGCAGUAUAUUGUUCAUUGCACUCCGCGUCAUUGACCAUUUGCAGAUUAGGACGUUAAUUGUUGAUAUCUUCUCUUUUCUACCAUUACCGUGAGAUAGAGAGCGCCUUCCGCGUGUGUACGCGUGUUACUACCGAGUGAAGGUGGCCAGUCUGAACUGCGAAGUCUGGGGCCCCACGCUUACCCGAGUUUAUAAGCGAAUCUGCCGCCGCUCUCUCAAAGCUCGAUUUAUACUCGGGCUCGCUGAAACCAGUGUAUUUUUAUGGAAUCUCAGCUACUGCUGAAUAACAAGCUGAUGUGCGCGUGAUCAAGCGUCUGAGGCAAUCAUACUUGGUUCCAAAAUCGAUUCGUUAACAAUAACUUGAGCUCUCUCUCCUCGUCCAUCAGCAUCUUAUCCACAGCGCAGUAAUAACUUUACUCCCGAUAUACACAAAUUACAGUAUUUAGCCUACUGCUAUCUUGACGGUUUUGCGUUCUGUGCCAAUUUUAACGGACCUCGAUCUCGAUUGUCACUUUAGCCCGGACUAUUGACAGUGUCAAGCUCUGUGUGUCAAGCCUGUUCCAUCUGCGCGCAUCCCAUUCAAAGAAACACUGUCACACUGUGUAAUUGAGUCGCGAUAGCUCGCUAAACUGCAGUGUCAACUCGCUCACACGUGGUGUUUUUUACGUUCCUGCAGUCGAAUCGACUACGUAAAAUUGAUAUAUUUGUGUCGAGUGUUCAAAUGAAACCACGGAAGCAGUCCGUUCAAAGUACUUUGGUUCGUUCUAUUUUGGUUCGAGGUUAUGUGACUAGGGACUUUGUCAAUUCAAGACAUGAAUAAGUCUUAAUGACUUCUCAGUUGCUUGUAUGCUUACUUGGCACUUAUUGCAUUGUCAGAUAACAACCAACAGUUGUUGUCCAUUGUAAGAUAUGACGUUGAGUUACCAAUUCAAGCCAGUUCAUAAUGAUGAUCGAACCAGCUUAUAGUCUAGAGGAUGCUUGCCGGCAGGUCCAGCCAAUGAUAAACCAGAUAUCUAGAAGUCAACGAGAUUCUCAAAGCCAAAACCAAGGAGGCUUAGAAAUUACAGUGGGCAACUUGUCCAAAGUGGUUUUAAGUCAAAAAAAAGAUCAGGCAAUCAGCUCCCGGCAGAGCAUCCAAUGUAAACUAACAAAGCUAUACUUUGAGGAGUUGUCCAAUGGUCCCCAUGCCAAUUCUGACUCUGUUUUGAAUAAUUUGGAAAAUGAAGAUGACCUUCUGGGCAAAUUGGUGCAAAAGGAUGGCCUGCACACGCUGAUUGUGAACCUUUAUGCUGGCAACAAAGGAUACUCAUUGGCUGUGAGAAACAGUGGACAGAAGGGCCUGCAAUAUGACAAGCUGGGAAUCGCGUCCGAUGCAAGCGUAGGAUCAGUGUCGGAGACGCAGUUGAUGGGUUAUGAGCAGGGCGAAUUACUGACGUGCAUCGACAACGGUCAACUGCCGGGAGUCCUAGCGGAGCAGCUCGAGGCGAACAACUCGCAGCUAUUCUAUGAUGGCUGUAUUAUCGCCGAGGUACGAGACUAUCGGCGGGUGUAUCCGCACAAUAAUCCAGAGACGCAUCAUGUGCUCCUCAAGCCUAGCACGCAGAGCAUAUUGUCGGACGUGUCGGCGCUGACGAGUGACGGCGAUUGGAGCCAUGAAGAACGACUAGUACUAGAAUCGCAGAUCGUCGCGGCGACGCAGGGCCCACUCUGUCUUGACCCCAAUCCCAUUGCCGGCCUGACGAGCAGUCGGCUGCGACAGUGCAAGUCCCUUCUCGCCUCACAGCAGCUUGUGCGACAAGCUCGCAAGUUCUCGCAGGUCACGCUCAACCGUAAACGCAAGCUUGAACAGCUUGCCCAGCCUGAAGGCAUCACCAUUCAAGAUCUCAUGCAGAGGCUUCGCACGAAGCGCACCAGUCAGCCGUGUUCGACUGGUUCGGGAUCGGCCAGCUUCAGUACCACUGUCCCAGCGCCGUGUCUCCCGGUCCCGGCGCUUUCUCCUCCAAGCAGCCCAAUAGACGUACUGAGGUACGCUAAGGCUUACGAGCAGCCCAGAGAAACCAAAGACUGCUUGCCGCAACUUAUCGAGGAGUACAUACUGGAGACGGAGAGAGGUCAAGGUCGGAUUUACCACAUCAAAUUGUCUAUACUACAGCGACCUUCGAAUUCCGAGUAUCUGGGCGAGCUCUACGUAGAUAUAGACUACCGAGAAGCCGAAAAGAAGGGUUCUUCCUGCAGAUUUAUCUUGGGCACGCGAGGGCAAGCUAAUCACUACAUUCAGCAGUUCACGGAAAUUUUUACCGAGGAAGGUAGAAAGAAUGUCAAAAUUCAACAUAUCGUGCCCGGUCAAGCUCCUCGUGUUACUUGUACACCAAGUAUGCAGAGGAUGCAUCAACAGCAGCAGCAACAACAACAGGCACUGCAGCAUCAACACAAUUCAAACGCACAACGUCUCGUCCAACAAGUCAAGACGCAACUGGCUGCUCAGCAUUUACAACAAUCGCAGUCUCAGCGUGUUGCACAGCAGAUUCUAUCGGCUAGAACGCAAGGACACUUGAAUUCGUUAUCGGGCAACCAACUGAGUAGUUUAGCAGGUCAAGUGGCAAAUUCCAUCAAAGCUAUCACCGAAGCGGCUGUGAGACAACAGCAGCCUCAGCAACAAUCCAGUCAACCACAAGCACAAUUACCUACAGUGACGCAGCAGCCAGCAGUAGCAAGUUUGCUCAACUGCUUAGACGGCGCAGUAACGCAAGGUUUAACUGGGAUUGUUCAAAGUGACGACGGGGUGAAUUUGAAUGUGGAUCAGCAGCAACAGGUGAACGUGGCGCGCAUCCCAACGGUUGGCUCGCAGAAUUUAGAUAAUACAGCCAAGGUUGCGCUUUCGACCGCCGACAUAGCCGCCUGUAACGGAUCCGCCAACAUUCUAGUCUUCCAACAAAAAGCAGCACCGACGACAGUUCCUACCGCUUCUUCCAAUGUAUCCGUUCUGCAAGCGCAAUUACAAUCGGGAGCCCUGAAUAGCUUAAAUGAUGAUAGUGAUAGUGAUGCGGCACGGAAUUCGACAAAUUUAGCUAUUAGCGCUCUGGCGACGUCACUUAUGAAUUCUGCUCAGCAGUUUACAGCUCAACAACAAGCAGCUCAAGCGGCCGCCGCCGCAGCUGCAGCCGCUGCUCAAGCGGCGGCGUCCUCGACGUCGCCGUCUCCUGUCGCUUCAGUACUGAGCAACCCAGCUCCUCAAACUGCUCCAAAAUCAAACAACGCAGCUAUCCUCAGUCUGCUGAACAGCGCACCAGCUAAUUUACAGCAGAAAAAUCAACAAUCUCGGCGAAUUUCGUUAAACGCUGGCAGUUUACCACAGAGGGUUUUAGGCCAAGGCAAUCUUAUCACAGUUCCCAGUACAACUGGUCAAGUCAGAGUAAGUUUUAGCUCGGCUUUGACGGCAAAUCAAUUGGCAAAGCAGCAACCAGUCAAAGCAACUGCAGUUAGACUGGCUCGUGUGCAGGAUCCGAGUUCCACUUUAGGUCUGUCUAUGCCAGGUCUUUCGGCACUAUUAGCCGGUACUCCGAACGAAGACAACUCGGUGCCCGGCAUCACGGCGGCCUCAUCUCUCUUCGAGAGGCUGACUGCCUCCUCACAGAAUCAACAGGGCAGUCAACCUAAUAGUCCGAUGACUAGUCCGCCUCCCGCCACUCCUCCACUCCAGCAGAGUCAACAACAAGCCUCGGCUAACGUCAAUCUCCAGGGUGUCAACCUCUCCGGCUUGCAAAAUCCCAUCAACGGCCUUCAAAACGUUCAGGUCUCCAUUCCCGGUCUAUCGCAACCAAUCACAAUGUCUUUGAACGUUUCUGCAGCGACGCCAGGCAACAAUGUUGUCACUCCAACAGGAGUUAUCGUAUCGCUUCCAAUUUCCUCAGCGACUAACACUUGUUCGACUGUCUCUAGUAUGGUACCUGCAACUAUAGUGACCACUGCUGCCGCUGGAAACACUCCCACAGUCGUGAUAACGAAUCCUGCUAAUGCUCACCUAUCUUUACCAAUCGCGCAACUCAUACCGUCCGGGGUAAAAGGCUUAACUCAACAAAGCAUACGUGGUAACAGUGCGGGAGUAACAUUGGCACAGGGAGGACAAGCCAUACAGCUUGUCGGAUCGCCAAGAUCCAGAGUUGGCCAAAUGGCACGUCAAGUACCAGGAGCUCAGAGUAAAGCGCUGCCAAAUCAAUUAAUGGCUGCUUCGAAAACGGUCACCGCCAAUCAGCUGGUGUUAUCGAGAAAUAAGCAAAUUCUGACACCCAUUGUAGUGGCUGCUUCGAAACCAAUGCUGAUGACAAGUCAAGCAAGCGCAUCUUCCUCUCCAUCAGCGAUAUCGAGUAUUGCCAACAAGCAGACGCUACUCGCUAAAACUCUGAACGCGAGGUCAGCCCAGUGUAACGCCCAACCCGCAACUCUAAACGCUGUGGCUGGUUUGUCGCCGCAACAGCUCCAACAGUUGCAGCAGCACCUGGCAGCACAGCAACAGCAAAAAGCUGCAGGAGCCAGUGCGCUCGCCAAUCCGAUAAGAGCGCAAAUCCAGCCGCGAGGCAGUGGCACUGGCCCUACCAUCAGCGACGAUCUGCUCUGAGCUUCGCUACUCAUGAUCGGCUCUGUUACGUAUUUUCAUCUACUGGGACUAGUAGCCACCAUCGGCCUUUUUCAUUUCACUGCCUGCUGAGAUAUGUAAACGUGCUGUCGCAUGCCCAUAAUCUCUAUACUCGAAAGAAGAAAGAGGCUGAAUUUUCCAGCCAACUCUGUCUGUGCUGCUGUGACGAACCAAUGAUAGCGUUCCAUUGUAAAGUGUGUGUGUGUGUAUGUGUGAGUAUAUAUAUACAUAUAUAUAUACAGACACACACGUACGAAUAUACAUAUAUUUAAAGAAAAACUAUUCGUUAACAGGCUCGCACCUCGUGUUUGUAAAAUUUCGUUCGUCGUAAUAUAAAACUUUCCCUGUUAAUAAUGUUGCCGCCAACAUAAUGUCAAAAGGUUUAAUCGCAAAUAAUCUUGUACAUGUGCUCAGUGUUAAUCUUUAUCGGUUUCUUUUUUUCUUGCGCAAUCUGCAUCUGCCAAUUUUUCCUCCAUAUACAUUCAACGAUUAUUGUAGAUACGUUAAUUAAGAUACAAAAAGCGCGUACACUUACAAUUUGUUUUAUAUAAUAAACACAAUAAAAUUUUGAUUUUUACUCGAACUAUCUUUUUAUAACUCCAGUCUAUGUCUGAUUUCGUAGUCGUUUCAGCUACAUGAUGCAUCUCUCUUAAUAAAUAUUUUUACAUUUAAAUCAAAUUGUAACGAGUUGAUGGAAUUUCAUACUUGAACAUACCGUUGUAUUUUUUUUACUCAUGUACACAAAAUGAAACUUCAUUAAGAAUAAUGUAAAAUGGUUCACGAAAUGAUAAUGAAGAAAUAAUGUGUUUUGAACAAUAUUCUUUAUUACAAAACACCCAGAUCCGGCUGUGUGACUCAGUAUAGCAUUAGACAACGCACAGUAUAUUAUAAAAUGUUUGCCUGUCGCAUCAAAAAUUGCUUAAAAAAGUUCUCAUUUGUAUAUCAUUAAGUCUAGAUAAUCGUUGUCCAUGUAAAAAUAAUUUUUGACUACAAUGUUUUAAACACCUGUAUGAAGUAAAAAAAAUAUGUUUUUCUUCAUGCAC